AUGAACUUCCCCGUGCCUUGGAGGGCCUUGUUGCCGGCCGAUGCGGUGCCCACCUUCUCCGGCCAGGAUGGGCUUCGGGAGAUCUGUGAUGCCACAGGUGCAGGCUGUGAGCUCUCUGGCGAAGGAGACACACCAUCUUCGCUUUCAGACAAGAUCCUCACCAUCAGCGGAAACGUCGAGCAGAAGGAGGCCGCUUGCCGGAGAAUUGUCGACAAGCUCCGAGUUCUGCAGGAGGUGAUUGACCAGGAGCCGGGUGUUUUCGUCAUCAUUGUCCCCUCCGCUGCCGCCCCUGCCGUGAUUGGGAGCAAAGGCGCCCAAAUCAAGGAGGUCAUUGAGCUCAGUGGUGCAGAGGUGAGUGUUGCGAAGGAGAGCAUCAUCGGCAUGAAUGAUCAGCCCAUUGGUGUCACCGGCACAGGUGGUCAAGUGGUCUCUGCGGUCAGCAAGAUCAAUGCCAUCCUUCAAGACUUGGCAGAUCGGGGCCGUUUGCAGCCCACAGACUUCCGGUACCGACCCGGAGCGCAGAGACCAGAGGACUCAGGCGGCUCUUCUUUCGGAGCUCCGGGGCGCGCUGCACAGCCUACAGGAGGCAAUCCCCGGACCAAUGCCAAGUUCGUAGUGGCAACGCAGGUAGCAGGCUGGAUCAUCGGAAAGCAGGGGCGGCACAUUCGAGAGCUGCAAGAGAACAGCGGAGCCCACAUCCAAGUGCUCAAGGAGGGCGAGGUUCCGCCUGGCGUUCCGGUAACUGACCGCAUCGUCGAGAUCGGUGGCCGCUUUGAGUCGAAGGCAGAAGGCAUCCAAAUCAUUCUCAUAGCCGUUGACAACAUGCCAGCGUUGUCGGCACCGAGAGAGACGCUAAUGCUGAUCCCGCAACAGCUGACAACCGACUCUGAGAUCAAGGAUGUUCGCCAGAUGUCGGGCUGUGAGAUCGAGGUUCGUGACCUGCCCUCGCACGACGAGGGACUCUGUACGUUGCUCGGGAACAUCGAGUCACGUGUGAAGGCAGCGCAACAGUUUCUGAAAAGGCUCGAAGAGGUCAUGGCCGAUGGCAGUGUGUCCCUCCCUGCUCCGUCCUACGGUGUGAGGCCGUCUCCUUCGGAGACCUUGCCAGAGUCCUCGGCCUCGGAUGUCUGGGCGAAGCCGGCUCCGAGUGCGAAGGACGAUCCCUGGGCCAGGGAGGAUCCCUGGAGCAAAGCCAGGGAGGGAGGUGUUGCGGCAAAGGAACUUUCGAGCACCUUCGCUCCCAGCGCAGACUCCAAGGCUUCCGAAUCACGGUCUGUCACUUUCGACAACAACCUCAAGGUGACUGACAUUCACGCCAGUUAUGCCGCUCCGUCUCAGGCGCGCGAGCCGGACAGCCAAGACCCUGCAAAGCGUGGAAUGGGGAUGAGCUUCGGUCCAAAUGGGAGCGGAGGCUCGUCCUUCGCACCGAACGGCCCGGCAAAGACCACAGGCUUAAGCUUCAGUCCGGCAACCUCCGGCCCUCAGAUGAGCUUCGCUCCCACUGGUACCUCAGGCGUCACGCAGAUGAGCUUCGGUCCAAGUGGAGGGCCGACAGCUGGAGGUUCUGCCAUGAGCUUCGCUCCAAGCAGUGGGGCACCUGGCCUUAGCAGUGGUGGUGUUCGUAUGAGCUUCAGUCCCAACGGCCCUUCCAGUGCGCCACCGUCUGCGAUGUCGAGCAGUGCAGGCAUGAAGAUGAGCUUCAGCCCUGAUGAACCUGGACCGGGUGCCAAGAUGAGCUUUAGUCCUGAUGGGCCUGGCGCUCCAGGUGGCAAAAUGAGCUUCAGCCCUGAUGCUCCGGCUGCGGGCGGCCCAUCGGCUCCUUCCAAUGGAGCAGGUGCCAAGAUGAGCUUUAGUCCUGAUGGGCCUGGCGCUCCAGGUGGCAAAAUGAGCUUCAGCCCUGAUGCUCCGGCUGCGGGCGGCCCAUCGGCUCCUUCCAAUGGAGCAGGUGCCAAGAUGAGCUUUAGUCCUGAUGGGCCUGGCGCUCCAGGUGGCAAAAUGAGCUUCAGCCCUGAUGCUCCGGCUGCGGGCGGCCCAUCGGCUCCUUCCAGCGGAGCAGGUGGUCCUACAAGCUUCAGCCCCGAGAAGCCAAGCAUAGGUGGCAAGAUGAGCUUCGGCCCAGACGGAGGCUCCGCACCAGGUGGGCCCACGACCUUCAGCCCAUCAGCAUCGUCUGCCGGGACAGGUGGCGGGACGAGCAUCGAUGGUCGUGGUCCUGCGUUUGCCGGCCCUCUGGGGAUGGGGGUCAUGGGUAUGGGCUUUGAUGGGCUUGCAGGGAUGGGCAGCCUUGGCAGCGAGAUGAUGUUCCGAGCUGCCUUGCAAGGGGGCAUGAUUGCCGGCUCCACGUCUCAGCUGCACCUGCUUCUACCAGCUUCGCUGCUGCAGGAGUCGCUGAUUCCCAAGGGCCAGCUGACAGAGAUUGCACAGAGAUGUCAGGUCCGCAUCGAGUUGGGCCAGGAGGUGCCCCCCGACUUGAGACAGGUGACUUUGCGCGGGGGGCUUGCCGCCAACUCCGUGGCAGCUUACUUCCUGCAGGAGAGAGCAUUGCAGCUGCACCAGCCAAGCGGCUGA